AUGCUUAGAAGAUUUAUGUCCUCCAGCGCCCUUAAGCACUUCCCAAGAACUUCCGCGACUUCAUCAGCUUCCAUCAACUUCAACAUCAACACAAUCACCAAAGCCCCCUCUUCUGCCAAUGGUUCAAUUUCUCCAAUUGAAUUAGCAAGAACCAACCCGCCAAUGUCAACUUGGACCAAGGACCAAAUUAAACAAAUCUACAACACCCCAUUAAUGGAGCUUAUCUUCCAAGCACAAUUGCAACAUCGUCAAUAUCAUGACCCGAGUGAGGUUCAAUUAUGUACAUUAUUAUCAAUCAAGACAGGGGGUUGCUCUGAGGAUUGUAAAUAUUGUGCCCAAUCUUCUCGGAAUCCCACCGGAUUGAAGGCGGAGAAAUUAAUCACCGUAGAUCAAGUGAUGGAAAAAGCCCGGAUUGCGAAACUGAACGGAUCCACUAGAUUUUGUAUGGGUGCUGCGUGGAGGGAUAUGACAGGUAGGAAAUCGGCAAUGAGGAAGAUUGGUGAGAUGGUAAGUAGGAUAAAUGAUGAAUUGGGGAUGGAGACUUGUGUGACAUUGGGAAUGUUGGAUGAGAAUCAGGCGAAGGAGUUGAAGAAGCAUGGAUUGACGGCUUAUAAUCAUAAUAUUGAUACUUCAAGAGAACAUUAUCCAAAUGUGAUUACUAGUCGUACUUUUGAUGAUAGGUUAGAAACUUUGAAAAAUGUCCAAAAUGCCGGGAUUAGUGCUUGUACUGGUGGGAUCUUAGGUUUGGGGGAAACUCCUGAGGAUCAUGUUUCCUUUUUGUACACUUUAUCCACAAUGGAAAAGCAUCCUGAAUCGUUACCUAUUAAUCGAUUGGUCCCAAUCAAAGGUACACCAAUGGAAGAGGAAUUGAAAACCUUACCUAAGGAAAAACAAUUAAAAUUUGAUCAGAUCUUAAGAACAAUUGCAACUGCAAGAUUAAUAAUGCCUGACUCUAUAAUAAGAUUAGCUGCUGGUAGAUAUACCAUGAAAGAACAUGAGCAGUUCAUAUGUUUCAUGGCUGGUUGUAAUGCUAUUUUUACUGGUGAGAAGAUGUUAACUACCAUGUGUAAUGGUUGGGAUGAAGAUAUUGAAAUGUUGGCAAAAUGGGGUUUGAAGCCAAUGAAGAGUUUUAGAAAUAAAUUGGAAGAUGUUUCAAAACCACUCUCUCCAGAAAAAUCAGAUAAACCUGCCACUAUAGCAAAUGUUUGA